UAUUGAAUGAAAAUUCCAUGAGAAAAUCUGUUGCCAGCAAGUGGGAGGGUUUUUCAGCUGUUGAAUUACAUGUAUUCAAUGCGUGCAAGGGAACCACGCCUGCAAAGCCCAUUGAGCACCUGCACAAGUGCCCCUCCUUUCUCAGAAGAAGGAUAGUAUUCACCCCUGAAAGUAAUUAGGUCAUCUCUCAUCUCUGGCUGGAGCCCCUAGUCUGCUUCAGUCUUCUCACACCUAAGACAGUCUUAAGACACUCGUCCCCAGCCGGUCCAAUGUCUCCAGGGACGCCCCAGCCAACAGAGGUGAAGACCAAGCAGCUGCUGGAUGUGAGUGCUGACCACUUGGGGGGCAGGGAGGCCCAGGAGAUCCCCCCUCUGAAGAACUAUGUCUACCUGACCAUCCUCACUUGCUUCUGCCCAGCCUGGCCUGUUAACAUCGUGGCUCUGGUCUUCUCUGUACUGUCUCAGAACAGUUAUGAUGAGGAGGACUAUGAGGGUUCCGAGAGGCUCGGUAGGAAAGCCUUUCACAUGGCGAUAGCCUCCAUGAUCAUUGGCCUCCUGAUCUUCCUGAUCUUAUCCAUAGUGCACUUUACAACGCAUGCUGUAUGAAUGCUGGAGGAUGAAAGAUGGCAA